AUGGAUAAAGCUGGCAGUAAAUUGAGAGGCAAGACAAAAUCUACUCAUCGCACAACGUGGCGGGGCAAGCAGAUCACAGAGUUUGAGUCGAGGGUGUACGAGAUCAUUUCAACGAUCCCAGCGGGCAAAGUGAGCACUUACGGUGGCGUAGCUCGCAUGCUUCACUCUGGACCACGAUGCGUCGGUCAAGCUUUGCGCAAGAAUCCGUUUGCGCCUGAGGUGCCGUGUCACCGCGUUGUCACGACUUCACUUGACAUUGGCGGCUUCCAGGGCACAACUGGCGAGGAUUCGUCAUGUGUCCAAAAGAAGCGGACGCUGUUGGCAAAAGAAGGUGUCGUGUUCACGACAGAGCACAAGAUCGAUGCUGCUUGCCUGCACGAGUUCGACUGA